GAAAACAGUAUAGAAAAUAAAGUUAAUAUAGUCAGAGGUGAUGAACAAUAUUGUCAACCACCUUAACCUAGCGUUUGCUUACAGAACACUACACCCAAACCUGCAAAACUACACUUGUAAGGAUGCAAAGCAUGUUCACUAGAACAGGCCAUAGAGCAAACCUCAACAAAUUCAUGGGGAUUGAAGGCUAGCUCUUGUUCUCUGACCAAGGCAGGGUGGAGACAAAGAGUUGAGUACCCUGAGGCCACUGAAGAGUGAGGAAAUGGUGCUGAGGAGAAGGCCUCACAGGAUGUCUGAUAUCAGAUGUGGAAAGGAGGGAGGGAGGAAGGAGGCACCAUUUGCCUACCUGGACCCCAGCCCUCAGGCUCUGGCUUCUUGCCUGGCCCAGGGUCAUAGCAGAGGUGCUGCUGCCUCAUUCAGAUUGGCUAGGACACUGGUGCUCAGAAUCUGUCCCCAGAACUUCCUGGUUAGUCCCUUUAUCUGCCAGAUCCAUGGCCAACUUGUCCUCUUUGCUCUGGUCACAGAAGACACACAUCUCACAAGGAGUGAAGUGUGGUGACUACAAGAUGAGCUUCAUAUGCGAGGCCUACAUCUCAACCAAGACCAUAGAAAGGGCAUCCAGCACCAUUAAGUUCUUCUUCUCUGAGGCGUUCAUGGGUCAGCACUUCCAGGAGGUGGAGUUAGACAAAGGCGAGCCUCAGCCUGGAGACCUCUUCCUGUUCAAGUUGCAGUCUCCUAGGGCACAGUGGUUCGGGGCCCACGUGGGUGUUUACUGUGGCCACGGAGAGAUCAUACACUUUGAGGGUAGGACCUCUGGCAGUGGUGGACUACAAACCCUGCUGGGUUACUGCGAAGGUGUGGUGUGCAAACAGGGUCACCGCGCGCUGCAGCGCUCCCGAAAGCUCUGGCGUGUGCUUCGCAGACGCGGUGGCAUUGACCCCAAGGUGCUGGAGCGCCGCGUGCAAGAAGCGAUGAACAGCGAUCCUCCUCUCUAUAAUCCCACUAGCAGCAACUGCGUGCACUUUGCACUGAACCUGUUGGGCGUGGACUCAAUGUCAAUGGACAUGGACUUAACCACGGAUUAAUGUGACCUUGGGCCCUCCUGAGUGGGGCAGAGGAGGCUUCAGAAAGGAUCAUUAAAGUAUUUUCUAAAACUUG